UCAGGCCUGGGAGGAAAUGGGGAAAAGAAGAAAAGUCUCCAUGUAGCCACCGAUUACUUAGAAAGGGACUAGACCCCACAUUGCAACUCUGUUCAGUUCCAAUCUCAACCCUGACCCCAGAGACCUAGUCCCAGGUCCAGCCAGCCCUACCAUGACAAAGGAGUAUCAAGAUCUCCAGCAUCUGGACAACGAGGAGAAUGGCCAUCAGUUCAGACAAGGGAUGCCUCCUCCCCAGCCACUCUUUCAGCGUCUCUGCUCCGGACCCCGCCUCCUCCUGCUCUCCCUUGGCCUCAGCAUCCUGCUGCUGGUGGUUGUCUGUGUGAUCGGAUCCCAGAACUCCAAGCUGCAAGAGGAGCUGCAGGCCUUGAAAGAGACAUUCCGCAACUUCACAAUGAACACGGAGGCAGAGGUCAAGGACCUUCGCGCCCAGGGAGGAGGUGUGGGCAGAAAGAUGAAGUCCCUGGAGUCGCAGCUGGAAAAACAGCAGCAGGACCUGAGUGAAGAUCACUCCAGCCUGCUGCUCCACGUGAAGACCUAUGUGUCUGACAUGCGAAGCCUGAGCUGUCAGCUGGCCAUCCUCCAGGGCAAUGGCUCUGAAAAGACUUGCUGCCCUGUUAACUGGGUGGAGCAUGAAGGCAGCUGCUACUGGUUCUCUCACACUGGGAAGCCCUGGCCCGAGGCUGAGAAGUACUGCCAGCUAGAGAACGGGCACCUGGUGGUGGUCGGCUCUUGGGAGGAACAGAAAUUUGUCCAGCACCAUAUAGGCCCUGUGAACACGUGGAUGGGCCUCACUGACCAAAAUGGGCCCUGGAAAUGGGUGGACGGAACAGACUAUGAGACGGGCUUCAAGAACUGGAGACCAGAGCAGCCAGAUGACUGGUAUGGGCACGGGCUCGGGGGAGGCGAGGACUGUGCCCACUUCACAGAUGAUGGCCGCUGGAAUGAUGACGUCUGCCGAAGGCCCUACCGCUGGGUCUGUGAGACAGAACUAGACAGAGCCAGCUAGGAGGCUCUCUCACCUAAUUUAUUUCCUCAAUGCCUUCACCUGACAAAGGGGCCUGGUUUGGGGAUCUUCCUAUCUGGGAGCCUCCUGCACCUUCUCAGGGAUUUUCAUCUGGAAUUUUAAGGAAAGGUGAAGGAUGGUGUCUGAGGAAUGUAGAAUGAUGUUCAGAGGGGUGGGGAU